AACGAAAUACUCUUUAUUCGAACGACACCGGGAUCUCUUGUUCAGUAGAUCACCAGCCUUACUCCGACGUUUAUUACGAAUUAUUCGGUGACUCGGUGACAACUACUUUUUUUGACUUUUUCUGUUGCGUGUGAAAAGGAAGCAAUUAAAUUAAAAAAAAAAUUAUUUUGGAAUAAUUUUUUCAAAAGAAAAUUUUUUAACGAAGUGAACUAUUUUUCACAAAAAUUAUCAUUUAAAAAAAAUAUUAAAUUAAUAUAAUUAAAUAAAUAAAUAAAAAAAAACAAACAAAAUGUCUUCAUCACAAGCUGUACGUUCAUCUAAAUACUCUUAUAGAGCCACCUCCACUGGACCAGGUGCCGCUGAUAUCAACAUCGAAUACACUGCCGAUUUGAGCGCCCUUUCCCGUCUUGAGGAUAAAAUCCGUUUACUCCAAGAUGAUCUUGAAGUUGAACGUGAAUUGCGUCAAAGGAUCGAACGCGAGAAAGCCGAUCUCAGCGUCCAAGUCAUUCAAAUGUCUGAACGCCUCGAGGAAGCUGAAGGUGGUGCCGAACAUCAAUUCGAAGCCAAUCGCAAGCGCGACAGCGAAUUAUUGAAAAUGCGCAAAAUGCUUGAAGAUGUCCAUUUGGAAUCCGAAGAAACCGCUAUGUUGCUUAAGAAGAAGCACAACGAAAUUGUUGCCGAUUUCCAGGAACAAAUCGAAAUCCUGACUAAAUCAAAGAGCAGAGCCGAAAAAGAAAAAGCUAAAUUCCAAGCUGAAGUCUACGAAUUGCUUAGCCAAGUCGAACAAUACAACAAGGAAAAACUCGUUAGCAGCAAGACCAUUGAAAGAUUGGAAGUCACCAUUUCCGAAUUGCAUGUUAAGAUUGAAGAAAUCAAUCGCACUGUCAUCGAUAUUACCUCUCACAAGACUCGCCUCUCGCAAGAGAACAUUGAAUUGAUCAAGGACGUCCAAGAUCUCAAGUCUCAACUCGAUACCGUCUCAUAUUCCAAGAGCCAAGUUAUCUCCCAAUUGGAAGAUGCCCGUCGCCGUUUGGAAGAUGAAGACCGUCGUCGUUCUAUGUUGGAAUCUUCCCUUCAUCAAGUUGAAAGCGAAUUGGAAUCGAUUCGCAUUCAACUCGAAGAAGAGUCUGAAGCUCGCAUUGACUUGGAACGUCAGUUGGUCAAGGCCAAUGGUGAUGCUGCUUCUUGGCAAAACAAAUACUCUGCCGAGGUAGCCGCUCGUGCCGAAGAGUGUGAAGAAAUCCGUCGCAAGUACCAAGUACGCAUCACUGAAUUGGAGGAACACGUUGAAUCCUGCAUCGUUAAGAUCAACAACUUGGAAAAACAAAAGACACGCUUGUCCAGUGAAGUCGAAGUACUUAUCAUCGAUUUGGAGAAGGCCAAUAACACAUGCCGCGAAUUGAACAAAUCCGUUACCACCUUGGAGAAACACAAUGUUGAAUUGAAGAGCCGUUUGGAGGAGACCAUCAUCAUGUACGAGAAUUCACAACGUGACUUGAAGAACAAGCAAGCCGAUUUGCAACGUACCGUCCAUGAAUUGGAAAAGGUCAAGGAUGCUAACAACCAAUUGGCUCGUGAGAACAAAAAAUUGGGAGAUGAUCUCCACGAAGCUAAGGGCACCAUGAAUGAAAUGAACCGCCGUUUGCACGAAUUUGAAUUGGAAUUGCGUCGCUUGGAAAAUGAACGUGAUGAAUUGACCGCUGCCUAUAAGGAAGCUGAAGCUGGCCGCAAGGCUGAAGAACAACGUGCUCAACGCUUGUCUGCUGACUUCAACCAAUUCCGUCACGACGCUGAACGUCGUUUGGCCGAAAAGGAUGAAGAAAUCGAAUGCAUCCGCAAACAAACUUCCAUCGAAAUCGAACAAUUGAACGCUCGCGUUAUUGAAGCCGAAACCCGCUUGAAGACCGAAGUCCAACGCAUUAAGAAGAAGUUGCAAAUCCAAAUCACCGAAUUGGAAAUGUCCUUGGAUGUUGCCAACAAGACCAACAUUGAUUUGCAAAAGGUUAUCAAGAAACAAUCCUUGCAAUUGACCGAAUUGCAAGCCCACUACGAAGACGUUCAACGUCAAUUGCAAUCCACCUUGGAUCAAUAUGGUGUUGCUCAACGUCGUUUGGCCGGUUUGAACGGUGAAUUGGAAGAAGUACGCUCUCAAUUGGACAGCGCUCAACGUGCUAAGCGUACCGUUGAAUUGCAAUUCGAAGAAGCCCAGACCCGCAUCAAUGAAUUGCACACCACCAACAUUAACUUGGUAUCGAUGAAAUCGAAAUUGGAACAAGAAUUGUCUGUUGUUGCUGCCGAUUACGAAGAAGUCACCAAGGAAUUGCGCAUCAGUGACGAACGUUACCAAAAGGUUCAAGUUGAACUUAAACACACCAUUGAACAAGUCCAUGAAGAACAAGAACGCAUUGUCAAAUUGGAAACCAUCAAGAAGUCCUUGGAAGUCGAAGUCAAGAACUUGUCCAUUCGCUUGGAAGAAGUUGAAUUGAAUGCCGUUGCUGGUAGCAAACGUAUCAUCAGCAAAUUGGAAGCCCGUGUUCGUGAUUUGGAACUUGAAUUGGAAGAAGAAAAGAGAAGACACGCCGAAACCAUCAAGAUCUUGAGAAAGAAGGAACGCACCGUCAAGGAAGUCAUGGUACAAUGCGAAGAAGAUCAAAAGAAUAUUAUUUUGUUGCAAGAAGCUUUGGACAAAUCCACUGCCAAGGUCAAUCUCUUCAAGCGUCAAUUGGCUGAACAAGAGGGCAUGUCUCAACACACCGUCACCCGCGUACGCCGUUUCCAACGUGAAUUGGAAGCUGCUGAAGAUCGUGCCGAAUGCGCUGAAACCAACUUGAACAUGAUCCGUGCCAAGCACCGCACUUUCGUCACCACCUCCACCGUUCCCGGCUCCCAAGUCUACAUUCAAGAAACCACAAGAACGAUCACCGAAUAAAUCUAAUUUAUUUAAUUUUUUACCUUUAAACAAGAGAUGAAUCGCUUUAUCACUUCUUUAAAAAAAACUCUUAUCAAGUUUUUAUUACCGAACUAUUUCUGAUAUAUUUUUCUAAAACAUCAUUCAUCACACAAAUAUAGUUCACACUUCUAACAACCGAAGUCCUGAUAAUGAGAACAAUUGUAUUUUAAUUUAAUUUUAAUGAACCAAAACCUACCAAAAAAAAUGAACAACAAAUAAAUUUUUAAAUUUAAGAAUUAUAAUAA